GGUACGGCGGUGGAAGAUCAGCGAUUGCUGGCGUGAACAUGGCGGAGACCGUACGCUCGCUCUUCGACUACCGGGAGACACAGAGCCUGGACAGCGACGGAGAAGGCAUCAAACCGGCACCGCCACUGCGAGGGCGCGGCUGUGGAAGGAAAAGGAAAGGGACACCCGUGAAAGUCUUUGUUACACACACUGAGGAGGAGAGCGUGCCUGAACACAGCUUCAGCCCAGGUGAUCGUAAGGAAGCAGCAGAGAAUAAACGGCCCACACUGGACGGGCCUUUCUACAACACAGAGCCCGCUCCUCACAGCUGCGGUACACCAGAGCAGGCUCAUGGCAAAGCCCCCUCCGGACCCAAGACCAGCUCCUGCUCGGCCUCUACACCAGCUCCAGCUCCUGCUGCUUCCUCUGCCCCAACCCCAACACCAGUCCCUGCCCCUGCCCCGGCCCCAGCUGCUGCGACUUCAGCUCAGGCCCCUUCACUGACCCCCGCCUCCACAGCUCCGGCUGCCCCGACAGCCUCUGCUCCAGCCCCAACAGCCAGCUCCUUCCCUCCCUCCCCUAACUGCCGCAUCCGAGAGGUCCACUGUGGCAGCCAGGUGCGGCUGGUCGUUAUCGCCAUCCGGGACAUCACCAAGGGGGAGGAGAUCACUGUGGAUUACAGCCUUACAGAGUGGGGAGAGAACCUGGGUUUCCGUGGUACUGUGUCUCCGGCGCAACACGAGUGUAACUCUGACACAGAGAAUAACAACAAUAUCAAAAAGGAGGAUGAGCCUCUCUCUCUGACAACACAGCAGCGGCAGCAGCAGCAGCAGCAGCAGCAGCAGCAGGAGUACGUCACCCCCUCAUGGUCCCUCUCUCCCUCCUCCUCCCCCAUCUCCCACUCCGAUGCUAGUGACUCAGACGCCGGAGAUGAGGACAACGGCAGCCCACGCGGGCGCGCACUACGCCGCCGCAAGAAACGGCGUGGCACACCUUCAAAGAAAAAGAUCCCACAUCGGACCCCACCUGGGCGGCCGCUGGGCUCCCCCGCCAGCGUUCCUCAUCACAACCGUCCACUUCCCUUAUCCCACCCUCCAGCGCAGUCCUCCCCUCCCUGCUCAUCUUCCUCCUCCUCUUCAGCUAAGCCUGUGUUCAAAGCUCCGGCUCCGCUGGGCUCCACCACAAGCAACGUCAACAUAAAUGUCCCCAGAGGAGGAGUGUCCAUAGACUCCAUGCGCCAAACCUGCGAGUACUGCGGACGCCACUUCCGCUCUCUGGGCCGCCACUUAGAUAAACACCAUGCCCACCAACCAGAAGUGUGCUCUGCCCUGGUGGAGCGUUACACACAGAUGCCCCGCCUGCAGGCACAGAACACAAACCCUGCCACAGCUCACGCACACACUCCACAGCACUCAAAGGCGCCACAAGCCGCGGGACAGAGCCGCAGUUCAGAUCUCCCGCAGAGUGGCGCCCAGGACCUCUCCAUGUCUCCGCCCACUCUCACAGCCGCUAACCAAUCCCCUGCCUCCUCUGGGAGAAACUCCUCCUCCCCUGCGCUGACUCCUCCGCGAGGACAGAGCGCAGUGCCGGUGUCCGUCCUAAAGAGGAGCCCACCCCCUGUGGCUGUGACGCAGUCCAGGAAGGGAGCGAUGAGGAGGCUGAAGAAAGAAAGACAGGACGAGGUGGAAGAGGAUGAGGAGGACGAGGAUGAGGAAGAUGUGGAGGUAGUGGAGGUGAAGAGGCCCAAAGAGGAGGAGGAUGUUGAGGUGGUGUGCCCUCAGUCCUUCAGCAGCAAGCUGGCCAAAGAGAUGGAACCACCAAAAGAAGAGGAAGAGGAGGAGGAGGAGGAGGAAGAGGAGGAGGAGAAUGGAGUGUUGGAGGUGGAAGAUGAAAGUGGGACAGAGGAUAAGGAAAAGGACUUGCUGAGUGGUUCGGGGCGUCACCACUUGCUGCCCCUCCUCUCAUCCUUGUCCUCUCUGGUGCUGUACCUUCGUCGGCUGCAGCACUCCGCAUUCUUGUCCCUGUCUCGGCAGCUCCAGUCAGCCGAGGCCUGGCGCCUUCUUUGCCACUCCAGCCUGGCUCUCCUCAUCCUGUACAACCGCCGACGCGAGUGCGAGGUCUCCAAGCUGUCCAUCGCUGAAUAUCGUGCUCGCGUCACUCCCCAGUGCCCCGUUCCGGUCCCCCCUGGCGCCCCUCCAGCUCUCACCCCGUUGGAGGCCUCCCUGUCCCCCUUUGAGCGCCUGGUGCUUCCUCACCUCCCUAGAGUUGGGGUCCAGGGUAAACGUGGACGAGUCCAGCCCCUCAUCCUCCCCCCCCACUGCGAGCCCUGCCUGGAGCUCCUCCUGCAGACACGGCAGGACGUGGGGGUUGACCCCGCAAACCCGUAUGUCUUCGCCAGGCCAUACCACUCCCCUGCCACACCGCUGCGAGGUACUGACCUCCUCCGUAGUCUGGCCCGCUCAAGCGGUACCCGCAAUCCCCGUGCCCUGACGCAGACCAGGGUUCGCCGGCAGGUUGCCAUACUGACCCAGCUGCUGCUACUGGGAGAAGGAGAGGAGCCCGGGCAGCCUGGAGGCAGCGCUGUAGAGAGGCUGGAGCACUUCCUGGAGAGGGAGUACCAUGUGACACAGAACUGUGCCGGAAUUGGCCAAGACCCAGGCCUGAUGGGCAGAGUGGGCCGAGUGGUGCUUUGUGGAGAGAGAGAUGGAGUGCUGUUCAGAGGAAUGAGCCUGAACCACAUCUGCCUGGAACUGGACGUUAUGUCAGGAAACUCUGCAGACUCGUACUCAGAGGGAGAGUCUGAAGGGGAGCAAGUGAAGGAGAAGCCCGAGGUGCCCGCUCCUGCUCCUGCUCCGAACCCCACACCUACCCUGCUGUAUGUCAGGAAAGGCAAGAACAACGGGCGGGUGGGGCGACCCAAGAAGCUCAAGAACACACAGCCACCCCCUCCACCUCCUCCACCCCCACCUCCACCCGCAAACCGCAGGAGAGGCUCAGGUCAGCCCAAAUCAGGAAAGCGAGGUGUCCUGAAGCGCCCCUGGUCGGAGGCGGAGCGUGCGGCUGUAGAGGAGCACCUGACCCAAAACAUCACCGAGCUCCGAGUCCCCGCAAAGGCCGACUGCGAACGCUGCCUGCAGCAGUGCCCGCUGCUGGUCAGCAACCACCGCGACUGGCGAGCCAUCAAGUUCUACUGCCACAACCGCAUUCAGCUGCUGAAGAAAAACCAGCGGCGUGAAAGUGAGCCCCAGCCCCUCACUGUCUGCUGAGAGGGGGAAGUGUGCGGGGGAGGGAGAAAGGGAGUGAUGGAACAAAGAGGCUGGAGGAGGAGGGGGUUGACUGAUAUGGUGCAGCUGAUCAGAGCAGAAUCUCAAAUGGUACCCUGCUGCCCAUGCACUAAUUUUGAGAGGACGGUCCUAAAUUUCACUCUACUUCUCUGGUAGUGUGGUUUGUAUUUGACAUGUUUCCUAAUUUGACACCUGAUGGCAUUUUCAUUUUGAGCCACACAAGAACAGAAAUUUGAAUUAACCUUUUUCGCUGCUCUACUUUAAAGGUCUUAAAAAUGACACUACCGUCUUCAUGGUGCUCCUGAUUUGAGGGUUACAGUGCAAGUUUUGUCAAAAGCAGUGCACUUGGACAGGUGCCGUUUGAGACAUGCCUCGUGGGGACUUCAGAGACCAUGGCACUGGCCGCAGCCUGUGUUGUGUUGUAUAUGGACUUUUUUUCCCCUCUCCUUUCAAAUGGAUUCACUAAACUGAAAUGUAAACAAGGGAGGCAGUCGAGCCCUACAGUGUUGUUAUAUAAACGUUGUGAAGUAGCAUUAGUGUUUUAUGCACUUGGAGACGUUAAUAGGACAAAUGGCCUGUGUUUGGGCCACACUUUCCUUAAUAAUGGUUAUAUAAUUAGAGUAGGCCUAACUACUGCUAACAUACAAGAAUAGCCAGAUCCUUCCUCAAACAAGCUAGUUCUUCUUUUCAUGCAGCUGACUGUGCAAUUCUGACCUUGGUUUCAUUAUAUUUGGACCUUAAUUUACAUGUAAGGUACGAGAUGAUGAAUGAGUUACUGUUUUACAGUUCCCAUGAGGUUUUUUUUUUAAAUAAAAAUUAAUCCCAGCACUACGAUGGAGAUAGUUUUCCAGAGUGGGAGUUGAGGGUUUCAUAGGUAAGACAAUUAAAUGGCCUCAGAAUGUUGUGAAAUUACUUUUGUAUACCUAAGAUGUCUAGUUAAACCACAAAGUUCAGAAAUAUGAGUAUCCUUUGACACCCCUCCCGAAGAACUGUAUGUUCUCGUUUCCUAUUGUUUUUUUUUUCCUUUUUCAGCCUGUUGCACAUUUGUUAUUCAAAGUAGUAAACAAGGUGCUAUAGGCCACUAAGCUGGAUAUCACUUUAUAUGUGGAGAGAUUUCCCUUGGUUGUGUUUAAGUUUCUAAAAAAAGUGGGCAUUUAUCAGAGAAGUGAUGGUUCUGUGUCGCCUUGCUUGUUGCAUUGUCUGUGUCUUUUUUCGGCUAGAGCUCCUCCUGUCCUUUCCCAGCCACACUACACGGUUUGCAGCUCGACCAGAUUUUUGGUUUCUCUUCAGCGUUGCUGGAAAUCUGCGUCCAUCGGACUAAAACCUCCAUGAAACCUCAAGACAGAUACUUGAAGUUAUUUAAACCUUCGGCAGAGUCUUUACGUUCUUUCUUGCUCUAGCCUUGCCAGUUACAUUGUACAUAACAAAUAUAUUAUCAUUAUGCUAACUGGUUGUUUGUGCUAGACUAUAUGUAGCUUUUUCCAUUUCUGAGUUAUUGCUAUCUGUACAUAAGUCUGUCUGUAAAUACUCCUCAGAGAAAGAAAGAAAAAACACAAUGUAUGACAUGCCUUGGUUAUUGUGUUAUGUUUUUUCUUUUUUAUAAGUCUUAUAAAAAUGUAAAGCUA